CCGCUCGGACACCGGCGCCAUGGCCACGAUCACUGGUCCCGGGACCCCCGGAGGGCGCCCGCGAGCGCAGAGCCCUCACCUCAGCAAGCCCCUGACGGUCCCCUCCGCCCAGAUGGAGCGGGUGGUAGUGAGCAUGCAGGAUCCCGACCAGGGCGUGCGGAUGCGGAGUCAGCGCCUGCUGAUCACCGUCAUUCCCCACGCGGUGACCGGCGGCGACAUCGUGGAAUGGCUGGCCCAGAAGUUCUGCAUCUCAGAGGAGGAGGCCCUGCAUCUGGGUGACCUUCUGGCGCAACACGGCUACAUAUACCCGCUGCGUGAGCCCCACAGUCUGGAGCUCAGGCCCAACGAGACGCCCUACAGGUUCCAGACGCCAUACUUCUGGACCAGUACCCUGUGGCCAGCUGCAGAGCUGGACUAUGCCAUCUACCUGACCAAGAAGAACAUCCGAAAGCAGGGAGCCCUGGUGGAGCAUGAGAAGGAGCACUAUGACCAGCUGCACAAGAAGAUCAACCACAUGUGGGACCUAGUGGUGAUGCAGGCCCGAGAGCAGCUGCGGGCGGCUAAGCAACGCAGGAAAGGAGACAGGCUGGUCAUUGCGUGCCAGGAGCAGACAUACUGGCUGGUGAACAGGCCCCCGCCUGGGGCUCCUAAUGUGUUGGAGCAAGGUCCAGAGAGGGGCUCCUGCACUGCCAGCCGGGUGCAGAUGAUCCAGAGCUCGGACUUCUAUAAGCGGGAGAUUGAGUUCUCCAGGAAGGCACUGGGCAGGACCCGGGUAAAAUCCUCCAUCUGCCUUGAGGCGUAUCUAAAGUUCAGCAGCCAGCAUAGCCUGCAUGACCCCAUCAUGUCGGGGUGCCUGCCCAGCAAUCCCUGGAUCACAGAUGAUGACACCUACUGGGCCAUGAAUGCACCCAUGGUGGCUGUACCCACAAAGCUCCGUGUGGAGCGAUGGGCGUUCAGCUUCCGGGAGCUUCUGGAUGACCCUGUGGGCCGGGCCCACUUCAUGGACUUCCUCCAGAAGGAGUUCAGUGCGGAAAAUCUCAGCUUCUGGGAGGCGUGUGAGGAGCUGCGCUUUGGAGGGCAGGCCCAGAUCCCCGACCUGGUGGAUGCUGUGUACCAGCAGUUCCUGGCCCCCGGCGCUGCCCGCUGGGUCAAUAUUGACAGCCGGACAAUGGAGCGGACCCUGGAGGGGUUGCGCCAGCCCCACCGCUAUGUGUUGGAUGACGCACAGCUACACAUCUACAUGCUCAUGAAGAAGGACUCCUACCCUAGGUUCCUGAAGUCUGACAUGUAUAAGGGCCUGCUGGUGGAGGCUGUGAUCCCACUGGAGACAAAGAGACGAGUGUUCCCGUUUAUGUGGAAGCGUCGGCACUCAAGCCCCAGCCCCGCUCUUCUCCCCACCUCUGGGGAACCUCCAGCCCCCAGCAGCGCUGCAGGUGGGGGUGGGGAGGGCUAGAUGGACUCCUCUCAUCAUGCCUGGGCCCCGUGCGACUGCGGGGUCACCCUCUCCUGAUGGCUGCUGAGCUCCCAGUAUUGGCGUCCUAGUGCGUGCAGAGUCCAGCCUCUCUCUGCUUCUCCUUUUCCCUCCAAUGAGGCUGCCCCUGCCUGGAGGGGAGGCUGAGCCAGGAAGUCCCAGGAAGCGGAUUUCAUUGGCCGAGUGUGGCCAGGCAGGAUCUGUUACUGGCAGGACACAGAUAUGCAGGUCUCUGGGCAGCCUGCCCUGUCUAGGAGAGCUCCACCGGGGCUCUGGGGCCCUGGCCCUGCUGAAGCAUUUGGAGCGGCUGCACACUCACUGGCAGCCUAUGCCCAGGAGUCUCCCUCACUAUGCAUCCCACAUACCCGUCCAGCACUGACCUGAGCUGCAGCUUCCCCACUGGAUUCGUUCACGGACAGCUGCACCUUGUUGCCCUGACCACGAGGCUCCUGGUCCCUGCAGGGAAGUCUUUGCCGGAAGGCUGGCAGAGUCAGAGUCCAGUCCUCUCACCCACUGGCAUUCCCCACUGUGUGUCCCCCAUUCCUCCAGACUAGAUGAAGUUACAGGCCAGCUUCUUUUGGGGUCUAUCUCAACACAGGGCUGCUUCUGGCACAGAAAUAAAAGACCCUUGUCCCUCA